AUGCCUACUCUGUCAGAACGUCUACAGCCAUUGCUCAUCUUAGCUUCUUCAACAGCCCUGGUCUUUACGGGAUGCGGCAUCAACUUCACAUUCGGUGUCUACCAGGACCUAUAUGACUCAAUGUCCAAACUUCCCAACACACCCUUCACCGGUGCAACCCCAGCGCAGAUCGAUCUAAUUGGCACAUUAUCUAUCGCGCUCAUGACAAUAGGUGCCCCAUUCACAACAGCUUGGAGUAAACAAUAUUCGCCUCGAUCCGUCAUCUGGAGUGGCGGAAUAAUCUACUCCGUUGCACUUGUUCUUGCCAGCGUCAGCCAAGCUCUCUGGCAGUUCACUCUCACCCAGGGUCUCCUUCUUGGAAUUGGAACCUGCAUGGCCUACAUGCCCUCCGUGACCGUAGCCCCCACCUGGUUCUCGAGCCAUCGCGGCCUGGCCAUGGGUAUUAUUCUUGCCGGAACCGGUGUCGGGGGUGUCGCCUGGCCCUUGGCGUUUCGGUAUCUCAUUGAACGCGUGGGAUUCCGUAAUUGCCUCCGCAUCACCGCCGGAAUCUCCUUCGUGAUGAUCAUGGCAUCGGGCUAUUUCAUGCGAUGGCCCGACAGCCAUCUGACUCGUAUUCGGGCGGAGAAUGCGGCGAAUUCGCGAGCAAGCUUUCUGCGUAUUCCGUUGGUCGACUGGCGUGUUGUGCGCACUCGGAAAUUUGCCGCCCAUGCCUUAGGAGCAGCAUUUCAGUCGGCGGCAUAUUACACGCCAGUGUUCUUCUUUGCCUCUUUCGCGCGCACACUGGGUUACUCGCAGGCCACAUCAGCCAAUUUCAUUGCUAUCUCGAACGCGGCGAAUGCUGUGGGAAAGAUUGCCAUCGGAUACGCCGCAGAUCGCAUGGGCCGGUUGAACACAUUGUUCCUGACCACGUUGUUCUCAUCUGUGGCUGUGCUCGCUCUUUGGCUCCCUUCCUCUCUAUCGAGUAGCCAGUCUAGUGGUAGUACACUGUUCAUCGUGUUCACCGUGUUCUACGGUGUAUUUGCCUCAGCCUAUGUUUCGCUGUUCCCGACAAGCCUGGUCGAGCUAUUUGGAGUGCAGAACUUUGUCGGUGUAAACGGCGCGCUGUACAUGGUCAGAGGCUUCGCCACAUUAUUAGGUACUCCUAUGGCCGGUCUGUUGAUUCGUAGCAGCCAGCACCAGUCGGCGGACUCGCACAGUUAUGUGAACACUAGUAUUAUGGUUGGUGUCUUACUGGCUGCUGCGACCUUUGCAGUGCUUUGGGUUAGGAUUGAAGCCACUGUGGUACUGGAGAGGGAACAGGGACAGCGCAGAAAAUGGUUGAUGUAA